UGUCAACAUGUGUCAUGUAAGUGUGCUCGCCUGUGUAUGCAUUUGAAAUUGGAACCAGUUUGAACCUCUUACAAUUUAUCGAUCAAAAUGUUUUUAUUUCAUUCUCAUUUUAUUAAAACAAAUGUUACCGCUAUCAAAAUUCAUGGAAACUAUACGUUGGUUGGGGUUGGUGGCUAUCUGCAUAUCUUUCAGAAGAAGACCUCCGAGCUGCUUUGUAAAGCAAUGAUAUUUGAAGGUGAAAAAAUUUAUGGGAUACUACCCAGUGCCUCAGGAUCAUUUCUCAUCUGGGGAGGCAGAUUUAUAAAGAUCUAUAAGCCCAAUGCAGAACUGACUGCAGUCUCUGAUCAAGCAUCAAAAGUCCAUAGUGACUGGAUUUUAGAUGCAAAAUGGGUUGAAGACAGUCAAAAAGUAGCAACAGUAACAAUGCAUAACAAGCUCCAUAUAUGGAGCCCAAAUCUAGAUAUAGAAAGAGAGGUUGAAUGUGAAGAAAAAUGUAUCUUGUAUAGUGCUCGAGUUUGUUUCAGUACCUUCAAUGAUCUGCUUAUUAUUGCUGGAACAGUAUUUAGUGAAGUAUUGCUUUGGAAGCCAAGUAGUAAUACUAGUGAUGAGUCAGUGGUUCUCAGCAGGUUGAAAGGUCACAAGGGUGUGAUUUUCUGUGUCCACUACAAUGAAUCAAAUGACUACAUUUGCUCUUCAUCUGAUGACAGAUCUGCCAUUUUGUGGAAAAUUGAGAAAAGUAGCUCAGUAGAAAGUGUUGGUGAUAUGAAAGUAACAAAGAAAUGCCAGGUAUUUGGUCAUACUUCAAGAAUAUUUAGAUGUCAGGUACUGAACACAUGCUUCAUAACUGCUGGUGAAGAUUCAAUGUUGAAUGUUUGGUCUUUUGGAGGGAAAUUACUUCGAAAACUGGAAGCACAGCAGUCUGACCCUAUAUGGGCAAUUGAGUGUGAAGAAGAGAGCAACUGUGUCUUAACAGGUGGUGGUGAUGGUGCUGUUACCGUAUUUCCAAUUCACUACAAAUACACUGAAGAAAAAUUGAAUGUAAAUCAUGGUGACAAGCCAAAGCUAGUUGCUAUUCUUACAAGUGGAAACCUUGUAGUUUUCACAGAUAAUGGUAUUUUGUAUUAUUAUAAUCGUAAGAAGCAAGAGUGUCUGAGAAUCAAGGAGCAUGUAGAUCUGAAAAGUUACGUCCUGAUGGAUGUGGCCAGGUGUAAAAACUUACUAGCUUUGGCAGGGUUCGAAGGUCAAAUAAACAUCUACAGAGAACGCAACGAUGCCUUACACCAAAUCUGCGCCUUUCGCACCAAAAACAAAACACGUAUAUUCUCGUUCCACUGGUUGACUUGCAAAAAUUUCCUCAUAUGCCAAAAUGACGGCAAACUUACACUCUUUUACCUUAAGGAAGACACUAUACAUGCUGUUGCCAAGUUCAAUCUACCAUCUAGCAAUGAGCGGUGGACCACUUGUGCCAUAUUUUACAAAAACUACGUUGUUGUGGGCGACAGAAAAGGAAGCAUACAUUUAUAUGAAAUUGGAAAGGAAGAUCCUAUCCAAACAGUGAACAAAGUACACAAUCAUUUGGGUGUUACAAAACUAGUUGUUGAGGAGGAUAGAAUAAUUUCCUUAGGAAGGGAUUCUGUGAUCAAGACAUUUCAGUUUAAAGGAGACUACUUACGCAUGGUAUCAUCAGAUAAACUUCCUGUCACUUGGUUGUUAGAUAUACGGGAAAACCUUUUGAUUGCGUUUUCGAGCAACAAUUUUAUUGUAUGGAACCGGAACACCAAGAGAAUUUUGUUUGAAAAAGAUUGUGGAGGCGGACAUAGAUCUUGGUGUUUCAUGAAAACUAAAGAAGAUAUGAGCUUCGUCUAUGUUAAGGAUAAAAUUAUUGACAUCAUAACAGUCAACUUGGAAAGCAUACUUCCUGUGGACAUCAUCGAAGGCUAUCACGUAAAAGAGAUCAACGCGAUAGAAGUGGUGAAAUGUCUAAACAAAUAUAUUUUGAUAUCUGGUGGAGAAGACACUGUAUUGCGGAUAAACAUGUUCAAGAAGUAUGCAUCAAAAAAUAUUAUAACGUUGAAGUCGCAUCUGUCAAGCAUUAGGGCCAUUACGACCUACAGAUUGGAUGCGAAUACACAUCUUGUGUUUACCGCUGGCGGUAGAGCACAGGUGAUAUGCUGGAAACUGGAGACUUUUACCGAAAAUGGAACGUUUAAGAAGGUUAUGUGUAGCGAGCAGCAUUCCUAUCAUAAACCCACCGAAAACGAAGAAUCUGAAAUGAGAAUCAUGGAUUUGAACGCAACAAAAAUCAACGAAAAGAUCACCUUGUUUUGUGCAUGCUCCGACGGUAACAUCCAGUUAUUUUUUGUCGAACCCAGAAGCGGAUCAUACCGCUUGAUGUUUUCGAGAAAUGUAUUUUACAAGCUGAAAUGCGUCAUUAAACUAUCUACAAUAAAGGUUUUCGGUUAUACAUUGUUGGUUACCAUGGCAACGGAUGGUAACGUAGUCUUUUGGGACAUCAGCGAUCCAAUGGCAGAGUUGAUACCUUUUUUUUAUAUCACCUGUCACCAGUCAGGUAUAAAUAGCUAUUCGUAUUUGCUCCUAGAUAAUCACUUGGUGUUCCUAACUGGCGGGGAUGACAACGCGAUCGUCCUUAACUAUAUUAGAAUAAAAGAAACAGACGUGGGCCUAGAGAUGGAAACUGUCGAUCAGGUUAUAGAUAUUAGCUCGCAUUGUGCCCAAAUAACAGGAGCUCAUCUUACUUUCAAGCAUUUUUUGACCACCUCGGUGGAUCAAAAAUUGUUGAUAUUCACUUGGAGGGUGAAAAAUGACAAGUUGAGUUGUCAAAGAGCAGCGAAGUAUAUAACUUCGGUAACGGACCCUCAAGGGUUGAAAUGUCGAGAAAAUCACGGGUAUGAUGUGUUCGUAUAUGGUAAAGGGAUCGAAAUUAUUAAAAUAAAAGAAGCUAGUUAAACUAUUUAGCACUUUGGGCUGUGUGAUUUCGAGGGAGUAUGUUGCGACAAAAUCUCUUGGACUGCUCAAUAAACACAUUUGCACUGAUCUCGUACAGCUAGAGAAUAGAUGGAAGCUUCAACAGCAUACUAGCUUUAUUCAUAGUAUAUUCGCUCCAAGUGCCUGGAAUGGCCCUAAUAUAUCGAUAAGAUUUUAAAAAUGAACCCUGUUUAACCCUGCAGCACUCGCGCCUUAAAAAAUCGCGCACCACUCGCGCCUUAAAAAAUCGCGCACCACUCGCGCCUUAAAAAAUCGCGCACCACUUGCGCGUGAGAAUUUCUCUCACAUGUCCCUAUCUUCAAGAUUCUGUUCAAUAUAAUUAUUUUUCUUCUAAUUUUUAUAAAUAAAGCAAAAUAUUAGUAAUUUUUAUUGAUUUAUUGUUCUAAAAACUAAAAAAACAUACAACUUUUUACUAAAUAAAGUCAAACUUGAAAUGCCGUGAGCGAGAUAAAAAAAUCUUGAUUAUUUAAUUCCUAAAACAUAUUUGAACAAAUUCUAUGUUUAAGAUGAGUAAUAUAAUUCCUAUAGUGACAAAAAACCUAAUCUUCUGAUGUAUCAUUAUUGUCAUACACGACAGAACACGUUUGAUACAUGAAGGUAGUGUGCUAGUAGAUGACUAACGAUAUUCUUCAAGGGCGUUCCUACAUCGACCAUGAGUUUUUUGUCUUUUCCAGUAAAGUUGUCUCUUGAAGUAUACACAGGAUUCUCAUCACCUUCAGAUUCAAAAUCAUCAGGUUCUUCAUCAGAUUGUUCGGUAUCUGUAUCAUGUAAGCUACGUUCACUGGAAGCAUCACUUUCAAUAUCAAUUCGUUUAUCAUUUUCCAAAGGUUCCUGAUUUUGCCAUUCUUGUUCUCUCUGAGGCUUUUCAUAUCAAGCUCUCCCUAGUUCUUCAAGUAUCCGUCCUCUACUCAUCGCUUACUCUCUAAAAUAAUAUUAACACAUACAAAAAUAAUAAACCUUUUUAUUACGAAAAAACAAUAAACUUUUCACUCGCUAAUAGCAUUGAGCACUAAAGUUUGCCUAUUCAUAAUCACAUCGAAGAGGAACCUUAUAAAGUCAGCGUGACUUAGGCCCGUAUCGUCAAUCGUCCCUACAAUUGUAGGGCGCCUUUAUGGCCUCCUUGAUUGUCAUAGUUUUCUACAUCUCCGUGUCAGCGCUCUAUUUUGAGGUUAUGUCACAAACAUCAAUUUGCAUCAAAUUGUGCUUGGUUUUGUUAUAUCAUGUUUUAUCAGCCUGAAAUUUCCUACAAUUUAAAAGGAAAACAAAUAUUCACAAUAGGAGAGCGCUGACGCGGACACGGGACAAGUGUAGUCUAGAAAUUUUUGAAGGAGAGAAAGAAGUAUGACAAUCAAGGAGGCCAUAAACGCGCCCUACAAUUGUAGGGCGCCUUUAUGGCCUCCUUGAUUGUCAUAGUUUUCUACUCUACUCCGUGUCAGAACUCUAUUUUGAGGUUAUGUCACAAACAUCUAUUUGCAUCAAAUUGUGCUUGCUUUUGAGUUAUAUCAUGUUUUAUCAGCCUGAAAUAUCCUACAAUUUAAAAAGAAUACAUAUCUUCCCAAUAGGAGAGCGCUGACACGGGACAAGUGUAAUCUAGAAAUUUUUGAAGGAGAGAAAGGAGUAUUACGAUCAAGGAGGCCAUAAACGCGCCCUACAAUUGUAGGGCACCUUUAUGGCCUCCUUGAUUGUCAUAGUUUUCUACAUCUCCGUGUCAGCGCUCUAUUUUGAGGUUAUGUCACAAACAUCAAUUUGCAUCAAAUUGUGCUUGGUUUUGUUAUAUCAUGUUUUAUCAGCCUGAAAUUUCCUACAAUUUAAAAGGAAAACAAAUAUUCACAAUAGGAGAGCGCUGACGCGGACACGGGACAAGUGUAGUCUAGAAAUUUUUGAAGGAGAGAAAGAAGUAUGACAAUCAAGGAGGCCAUAAACGCGCCCUACAAUUGUAGGGCGCCUUUAUGGCCUCCUUGAUUGUCAUAGUUUUCUACUCUACUCCGUGUCAGAACUCUAUUUUGAGGUUAUGUCACAAACAUCUAUUUGCAUCAAAUUGUGCUUGCUUUUGAGUUAUAUCAUGUUUUAUCAGCCUGAAAUAUCCUACAAUUUAAAAAGAAUACAUAUCUUCCCAAUAGGAGAGCGCUGACACGGGACAAGUGUAAUCUAGAAAUUUUUGAAGGAGAGAAAGGAGUAUUACGAUCAAGGAG